UAAAUUUAGGCCAAGUUUAGAGUUCAGGUGGGAGCGUUAUUGUGCAUUCACGCGUUUCAACCUUCAAGUAGGACGAGCAUUGCAAUUUUUCUACAACCAACAUGAAGUGGAACAUGCUAGUAGCUGUGUUUAUUGCACUUGUAUAUGAACCAAUAAAGGUCAAAACACUGACACCUCCUACUGAGGACGACACACGUCACCUGUCACGAGGUGUUGCAGGAGAAUGUGACUCCACGACCCCGUCGAAGGUGAAGAAGUGUGUAGUCGAGUCGGAACUCUUCAAGGAUUCCGAACUACCGAGGAAUAUGUCGACAGUUUCUACAUUUUGCAGUUUCAGUGCCAAUAACGGCCUUCAAAAAUUAACCGCGUGCAUGGUGGAUGUGGUCAACCAAUGCAUUGGUGACGAGAAGCAGAGUAUGCUGGUCAGUCAACUGAUUGACAAAGAGAAGUACAUGAAUGGUCUCGGGCAAAUGUGCAACUACACAAGUGCAUUUGUACCGCCGACAGACUGCCCACCUAAGCUCACGGUCGACCCGUUCUACAGCUGUGUUGAAGCUGCCGCCGUCGACCUCACCAACGCCGGUCAUCCUAGCAACCUCAGCGUCUCGCUGGACACAAUGUGCAUGUACUUCACAGCGUACGAGAAGUGUUUCCAAGACCUUCCAUCGACCGAUUGUUCGGAUGUCUCCAUGUUCUAUAUCAAAGGCAUUAGUGGCGUGAAAUACCCGUACUGUAGCCUGUCGCCAGAGAAGAGACGUCAAGCUAUUGAUAACUACCAGAAUUAUGUUGCCAGUAGCGCUGGGUUGGUCUGUAGCGUUCUGACCAUCACUGCUGCCUUUGUUGUCUCCAAGCUCGUUUAACUCGUACUCUUGUUUACGUUUUUAUUUCAGUGGUGCAUAUCAAAUAGUUUUGUUUAGACGCAGUCUUUCACAGACAAGCUUUCACAGAAACAGCACUUCCACUGAUUUCUAGCCGACUUUGUCUUUCACAUCGUAUCUGGUGUGAGAUAAUUAUAUUAUAAGAACCGCAACCAUAUAGCUGGAAUAUUGCUGAGUUCGGCGUAAAACUAACUUCACUCACUCACUACAUUUUAAGACUGAAAGCUUGGUAAAAUACUGGUUCACAAUCGAGGUUUUCUUUGUCUUGAUUUUAUCGUACAACUGACAGUAUUACACGUCACUUAAUAGCCGCAAACUUCGUGACGAGCUAAUGAGGUUCACAGCUAAUACCUAGUGCCUUUCUAAAGAACGCCCACCAAUUUGACUCGCUUGGAGAUACGCUAUGUUAACAGGAGAUUUAACACACUGCAACUUUAGCUGUGGUAAAGUCAUAACAUACAAUUGAGAAAUUCCACGCUCCUCAUUUUUACCAUUGAUCUUAAUCAACUUUCAUUGGCCAUUUAAUCAGAUACUAACGUGCAAUAAGAUACUGUACAUCUUUUUGGAGAUUGUUCUUGUUAUAUAGUGGACAUGUUAAAGAAAUAUAAAACGAAAAAGCAAUUCUGUAUUUAUAUGACAAAAGGAUAUAUUACAAGUUCAAAUAUUGUUUUCUUCGUGAGUCUCUGAUCAUCAUAUUCUUCACUUACGUGUGGGAUUGAAAUAUCUGCCUUUGUACAUUAGGUGUUAAUUAACCAAAUGUUUUGAUUACUUUUUUACUAUCACCCUUGCUUACAUGUACGUUUUUAAUAAAAAUUUAGAAAACAG